AUGUCAAAAUUUUAACAUUUAUACUAUUUUCUUUAUUCACUAAUCGAACUCUUUCUUCAAGGUUUUGUUUUUCUAAAUCAUUAAAAACACUUUUAAUAUUAUUAUUACUUAUUGAAGAAAUUACUCGUUUUUACCCUACAACUAUUUUCUAAGAAAUGUAUUAUCAUCAUUAACCAUUUAGAUUCUGGCAUCCAUUGCAGCUAAAUCAUCCAUUAAUUUGUAAAGUAUGACAUCAUAAUUAAUGUGAUCCUCAUAAACAAUAAAUAAUGA